CUCAACCCACACCCCACCUUCGCCUUUUCUUUUCUUUCUUUCUUUACACCAGUCCCCUCCCUUCCUUUUUCCUCCCUCUCUUUUCUUAUUCUCUUACUUUGCUGGAUUAUAAGUACUACCACAUAUGUCUUCCUUCGAAUUGGACCUCAAUCAGUUAUCAUUUCUCAACUAGUCUCUUCUUCUUCUCCUUCAGCUUCAGCUCUAGAGUUGAUAGGAUUUUUUUAGCUAUGGAGAAGCUCAAUUUUGUGAAGAAUGGCGUCCUCAGAUUGCCUCCUGGCUUCCGCUUCCAUCCUACUGAUGAAGAGCUGGUGGUGCAGUACUUGAAGCGCAAGGCCUAUUCUUGCCCCCUGCCCGCCUCCAUCAUCCCUGAGGUCGAUGUCUGCAAGGCUGAUCCUUGGGAUUUGCCAGGUGAUUUGGAGCAGGAGAGGUACUUCUUCAGCACCAGGGAGGCCAAGUACCCGAAUGGAAACCGGUCGAAUAGAGCCACGGUUUCGGGUUACUGGAAGGCAACUGGAAUUGACAAGCAAAUUGUAGCUUCCAAGGGGAACCAGGUUGUGGGGAUGAAGAAAACUUUGGUUUUUUAUAGAGGAAAGCCUCCACAUGGGUCGAGAACCGAUUGGAUUAUGCACGAAUACCGGCUUGUUGGUGCUGAAACCACCCCACAGAGAAAGAGCUCGACAACUCAGAGCUCAAUGGCGCAAGCGGAGAACUGGGUGUUGUGCCGCAUAUUCCUGAAGAAACGGGGCACGAAAAAUGAUGAGGAGAUGAUGCAAACCAACAAUGAGAACCGGGUGGUUCAGAAGUUGAGGAACAGCAGGCCUGUUUUCUAUGAUUUCUUGACAAGGGACAGGGAUGAUACUAAUCUUGCUUCUUCCAAUUCUUCCGGUUCAAGUGGGAUCACAGAGGUGUCGAAUACCGAAUCAGAAGAACACGAAGAAAGCAGUAGUUGCAAUAGUUUCUCGCCUUUCAGAAGAAAACCAUAACCAUAUAUAUACUCACUCUCCCCUUUCAGUAAUGCCUGCUGUAUCAGUAACUGGGUUUCUGGAAAGAAAAAAGAAGAAAAAAACACCCAAGAUUAAAAUAACCAUCUAAGAAUUCUCAUGUUCAGCCACUUCUUUUCCGGAGUCUCGUCUGUAAUCAAUGAUCAUCACUUCAUAGAGAGGUUUAAAAAUGGAAGAAAAAAAAAAAAAUUCGGCAUCAUCAACUGUCAAUUACUAGUAAUUUUGAGAGCAGGGGUGUUGGCAGAUGGUAUAGUUUAUGCUAUGUAAUCAACCAUCCCCAAAGUUUCAAAAUUAGUGAUGAUCAUCUCUCCUUUUUCUCUCUUUUUUGUUUUCUUGUUUUGUUUUUUUUGUUUUUUUGGUUUUUUGCUAUGAAACUUGCCCCCUAAAACCACUCAUAAUUCAA